AUGACUACGACUGACAUGCCCAACAAGAAGGAGAUUAAAAAGGAGCUGGAUGAGAGAUCUUCUCCCCUAAAAAAAAAAAUAAUAAUGACCAGGAAGAGGUACUACUGGGUACUAUCCUUCCUCAUGCCUUUAAUGCCUAUCCUCAUCAUCAGAACUCAUCCGCUGAUUGUCAACACCAUGACAGAUGUGCUCCUACUUCACAGACCCGAUGGUGUGCAUCGGCCCGGUAGCCUCAGACCACGCCAAGGUGGAGAUCGAGAGGACCGCUGGAGAGAAGAGGAUCACUGGAAAGACUCCAGUCUUCCUAUAAAAUGUCCUUCCAUCGUUCGCUCUUCUUAAAUCAAAAUAUGUAGCAGAAACCCUCUAAGCUUUUAGAUCUAUAUUUUCUAUGGUUGUAUCGGCACAGUAUAUUUAAAUAUAUACAUAUCAAUCGUCAUAAUAUAAUAUACAUAUCAUAGCUCCUACAAUUUUACGAUUUAAGGUAAAAAUAAAAACAAACAAAAAACAUAUCAUUAAUUUAUAAAAGACUAUUCUAUCUUAAUCUAUAUAGAUAUUAAAAGAAAAUAAAUAAAUAAAAAUAAAACAAAAAAAAGUGGAUAUAUUUUGAUUAUGACAAAUAUCGACUCCGGUGAGGUGGCCUAAAUGUUGAUGGCUUUAAGAAGAAUUUUAAAUUGGUGUUAUUUUAAAUGUGAAUUAUUUUAUCUCUAAGUGUUAGUAGUCGGCAGGAGCUGUUGAGGUGCUUUGCAAAAAGGCAAAAACAAAUUGUCUAAAAGGUUUCCCAGCAUCUUGAAAAACAGUUUCCUGUCCUUAAAUAUAUAAUAUAUUAUAAUUAUACUGUUAAAAGUUGAAUCUCUAAGUGUCUCUACUGAACAACAUAUCAAGAUGGCCGGCAGGCUUAGCAAAAUGAGAACUACUUCAGUCUACUUUCAAUCUUACCACUCAUACUGAUACUGAUAUGUUAAUGUAAUCAGGGAACUAAUAAAUAUUAUUAAAUGUUAUUUAUUUAUUUAUGUUUCCUUAUCUUGAUACACUUCUUGU